UAUUCGCCGGCAGCACUAUGUUCCUUUUAAAGACGAGCUCCUCCGUGCGCCGCUUGGCACUCAGAAAUGUCGCCUGUUUGUGUGGCCCACCUGUAAAAGCGCGAGACAGGCACGAGCCAGGGGCUUCUCCUUUUUUUUUUUUUUUUUUUUUUACUUAUUUGAUUCCUUUUUAUUUCUGUGCCCCACCUUCCCUUUUCCCUUCCGACCCCUUCUCAUUUUGUUCCUGCAAGGAAGUCAUUUGUGUGUUUUGAUUUAAUAAAUAUUUUAUUUCCCCAUCCUCAUUUUAUGUCGUUUGUGUUUCUUUUUAUGUUUGAACUUUAAAAUAUUUAUAUUUUAUAUAUACCAUUGGCUACUUGGACGUCCGUAACUUUCAUUUAUAAAAACGAAGUCAUCUCUACGCUAACAUGGCAGUCAGACUGUGCGAUGUGGCCUCUCUGCUUAGAAGUGGCUCGUGGGCCUCCGAGCCUUGGACCGGGCAGGUGAUAGCAGCCAUGGAAACGCAGCUGUCCAACGGGCCCACGUGUAACAAUAGCAACGGGCCGUCGAGCAUCAACAACUGUUCCUCGCCCGUGGAGCCGGGUAGCCUGGAGGAUAGCAAGACCAACCUGAUCGUCAACUACCUGCCUCAGAACAUGGCCCAGGACGAGCUCAAGAGCUUGUUCGGGAGCAUUGGAGAGAUAGAGUCCUGCAAGCUUGUCCGAGACAAAAUAACAGGGCAGAGCCUCGGCUAUGGAUUUGUCAACUACGUGGAACCUAAGGAUGCGGAAAAAGCCAUCAACACCUUGAAUGGCCUGAGACUUCAGACCAAGACCAUCAAGGUGUCCUACGCACGUCCGAGCUCCGCUUCCAUCCGAGAUGCAAAUUUGUACGUCAGCGGCUUGCCGAAGACCAUGACUCAGGCGGAACUGGAGCAGCUCUUCUCGCAGUAUGGCCGCAUCAUCACCUCACGCAUUCUGGUGGACCAGGUGACCGGUCUUUCCAGAGGUGUCGGCUUCAUCCGCUUUGACCGGCGGGUGGAGGCCGAGGAGGCCAUCAAGGGCCUUCACUGUCAGAAACCGCCCGGUGCCGCCGAGCCCAUCACGGUCAAGUUUGCCAACAACCCCAGCCAGAAGAGCAACCAGGCGCUGUUGUCGCAGCUGUACCACUCGCCCAAUCGAAGGUACCCGGGACCACUCGCACAGCAGGCACAACGCUUCAGGCUGGACAACCUGCUCAAUAUGGCCUAUGGCGUGAAAAGGUUCUCGGCCAUGGCCAUCGACGGGGUGACCAGCCUGGCGGGCAUCAACAUCCCGGGUCACAGCAGCGGCUGGUGCAUCUUCGUGUACAACCUGGCUCCCGACGCCGACGAGAGCAUCCUGUGGCAAAUGUUUGGGCCCUUCGGGGCCGUCACCAACGUCAAGGUCAUUCGCGACUUCAACACAAACAAGUGCAAAGGCUUCGGCUUUGUCACAAUGACCAACUACGACGAGGCGGCCGUGGCCAUCGGCAGCUUGAACGGCUACCGCCUGGGCGACCGCGUGCUGCAGGUGUCGUUCAAGACAAAUAAGACCCACAAAGCGUAAGCGCCGCGCACGGUCGCGCCCGUCACAUCACUUUCUUUUCCGUGAGCACUUUGGUUUUGUGCUCUCGUCGUUCCGUAUUGUUGUGAUUCUGUUCUCGUUUCGCUUGGUUCAGUUCUCGUUUCGCUACAGCUAAUUUUUCCAAACGUUUUUUUUUUUCUUUUGCUUGUCUAACUUUUCAAUGUUCUCUGUUUUGUCUGCGCUUACUGUCUAAUGGAUGAAAAGACAAAAAAAUUCUUAAAGCAAGUACCUUGCCAAAGAGCUCCGAACCUCUUUGAUGUGGGUUUAAAAAGCGUCUAUUUUUAUAAAAAGAGAAAUUCGGAGAAACUUUUUACAGGACCUGGAAGAUAAAUGAUGAUCAAAAAAAUAUUUUGUCUUUGCGAAAUAUCUUCAUAUGACAUCUUAUGAUGCUUUGAAACUUUAUGAGAAAGUUUGCAGCAGGAGAGAUUUACGGCAUAAACGCUCGCCGUUUGCCGUCUUUGUAGUUGAGCCUUUCGCCAGCCUUUCCCGGCCGGCGUAGUGUGGUGGACCUGCCAGGUCCAGUCGCACUCCUGAUUCAAAAAGGCUUUGUUUUUGCUUUUUUUUAAAUAUUGAAAGAGGAAAAGAAAGCUAAGUUAAGUAUGUAAAUAAGAUUUUGGAGGGGCUAUUUGGCCAGCUUGUGCUUUGAGUUUGAUACUUUAAAUUUUUGGGAUGCCCCAAGUGGAAAUCCUUCCUUAGUUUGCCAGAUGAGGUGUUUACGGUACAUUUAAUUAGUCAUUGGUUUGUUCUGUAAAAUAGUCUUGUCAAAAAAAAAAAAAAAAGUGGGGGAAAAAGAUCUAUUGGAGAUUUUGAUUUUGUUUUCUGUAUAACCCUUCUAGAUAUGUGUAAAAAUUGUCUUACAAACCACACUUUGGAACUCUGAUUAUCUUUUUGUUGAUUCAUAUUCACUUAUCUACGAAUAUGUACUAUUGCGUGAUGCAUAUAUGGACCUGUCGUCAGUGUAUAAUGGCUUCCUCCACUUGAGCGGUGAGAACGACGUAGUUGUCAUUGAUUGGAUGUUAGCAGUUGAUGACAAACUAAUAGACAACAGCGUGUGAUAUAUGCAUUAUGAAUAUCUUUGUUAUUCUUGCUUCGAGUUUCCUCCCAUUUGUGUUGGUGCCUGUUGAAUUUGUUUUGAUCGUGAGGAUAUUCAUUGAAGUCGUGAAGUCUAA